GUGUGUCUGUCAAGUGCGUCAGUUGUCAUUUUCAAUAACAAACAUAAAUAUUUAUCCAGGUGAUCUAUACGAAUUUAGCACAAAUAAAGUAAUGUUAUAAAAAUGGUCGAGCCAAUUUUCGACUAUCAGUUCCGACUGAUUUUAAUAGGAGACAGCACAGUGGGCAAAAGUUCUUUGUUAAAAUACUUUACAGAUGGAAAAUUUGCUGAGCUCUCAGAUCCCACAGUGGGGGUGGAUUUUUUCGCACGACUAAUAGAAGUAAAAGACGGCACUCGGAUAAAACUGCAGCUGUGGGAUACUGCCGGUCAGGAGAGAUUCAGAUCCAUAACGAAGUCGUACUACCGAAACUCGGUCGGGGCUCUUUUAGUGUACGAUAUAUGCAACAGGGCCAGUUUCGAGCACAUCCCCAUAUGGAUGUCGGAAGCUAGACGCCACAUUGAACCCCACAGGCCGGUUUUCGCCCUGGUCGGUUGUAAAAUCGACUUGGUGAACAACGGGGGCACGAGGGAGGUCUCGAAGGAGGAGGCCAAAGCCUUCGCCGAUCAGCAUUGCUUGUUCCACGUCGAGACUUCAGCUAAAAACGGUCAAAAUGUGGAGGAGGCUUUUAAAUCGGUGACACAAGAAGUAUACAACAGAAUUCUAUCAGGUGAAUAUAAGGUUGAGGAUGGGUGGGAUGGUAUCAAAACUGGAUUUGCCAGACCCAACGGGAUGGAUUAUAAUUUGAUUGAAGCAGAGUCUGCCAAAUCGUCAUGUUGUUAGUUAUUAUGGUAAAUUAUGCAAUUAUGUACAUAUAAUACGUACUACAGGGUGUUUCACUUGGUAUAAAUCAAGCAAUUAAUAAGUUUUAUUAUUAAGUAAUUUAUUGUUUAUACUUAUGACAUCACAAGUAUUAACAUUCUAAGCUUUCUAUUGGUUUUAUUAGUUUAACGCAAAU